AUGGCCGGCAUGAAGAAAAAGUGGAAUCUGGAACAUGUCCGCUUGAUUUGUGCCUGUUUGCUUUGCCUCAUUUUCACGGAGGAAAGCAAAACAGAACCAGGAAAAUAUUCAGAAACCUAUUGCAUGUUUCAAGAUAGGAAGUAUCGAGUAGGAACAAAAUGGAAACCGUACCUUGAGCCCCAUGGAAUUAUUCCCUGUCUCGACUGUUUCUGCACAGAGAGGAGGAACGUGCUGUGUAUGAAAGUCAAGUGUGAAACCUUGCGGUGUCCCAGCCCGAUAUAUGAGUCCUCAGAAUGCUGCCCAAAGUGUCCAGAGGAACCCGUUGCUGCCAUCAGCUUCAGAACCAUUGGCAAGCCCUGCAAUUACAGCGGGAUCAUUUACCAACAUGAGGAGAUGUUUGUCAUAGAAGGAAUCUUCAAAGACAAACAGCCCGAUCAGUGUGAGCAGUGCAGUUGUUCUGAAGGUGAAGUAUAUUGUGCCUUGAAGACCUGUCCCACAUUAACUUGCGCUUCUCCAGUCUCCGUGUCUGACUCUUGCUGUCAAGUUUGCAAAGAUGAAGAGUCACUGAGAGACCUGGAUGAUGACUUCCUUUAUCAGCCAGCCAACCGCGAAGUUAGGCAUUCUCCUCCCUCCCAGCCCAAGUCCUCAACCAGUAGUCCUAGGCUCGCCAACGACCUCCUACAAUAUCAUCCGGGUAGAGCUAACUACAAAUCUCUGCCAAUUACUUCACAACGAUCCGGCACCACUGUACGCAUCAUCCUUAACAACCAACAGAAAGUUGGACAAGUGUGCGUUUCAAAUGGAAAAACCUACUCGCAGGGAGAAACUUGGCAUCCCUUUCUCCGGAUCUAUGGCACUGUGGAGUGCGUCUUAUGUACUUGCAACGGCACUAAGCCAGAAUGUAAAACCAUCAAGUGUCCCCAUCAGUAUCCCUGCGAAGAGCCGAAGAAAAUUGAAGGGAAAUGCUGCAAAGUUUGUCCAGAAGAAAUAGAAAUUCAGCUCCCUGACGACGAAGACUAUUUCUGCCGUGAGGAGACAUUUCCAGUUUAUGAAGCCAUUGUCAACACUUCCAGAAAAACCCUCCAAAGAGUAGCCUUGGAAAAAAAUGAAACUUCAGAAGUAGAGAUCUACACCUGGACUUUUAAGAGAGGUCUCCUGAGCCACUUUAAUAUUGAGGUCAUGCCCAAGGAGGAAUUCAGAGAACUGCCACAUUUUGUGCAGAUCACAAAGACCAGUUUGAAUACGUGGAAAAGAUUCAGCGAGGGAGCAGCUCACAUCAACCAAAUGUGUGAAAACGGAGAUUGCAGGACUGAAGUGGAAGAAUUGCUGAAAGAUUUGUACUUUGGACAGGAAGGUUGUUGA